AAUAGACUGUCCAAAGCAGAUGGGAAGCAGAUAACGGAAAAAUUAUUUUUCUAAAAGCGCUCAGUGCGCGCUGUCAAACCUUCGAAUUGGUCUCUGAUAAAAGUCACUCAUACACUCAAGAUCAAAUUUGACUCGGACUGGUACUGGAAAAUCUCCUAAAAUCGCUCGAAGUUCACUUUUAAGGCAUUACGGGAAAAAGCUUGUUGGAAAUAAAUCUGGAUUACUAGAUGACCAGUGGUGGCCACCUGUUUUAGAUAAUCGUUGCUGAAAGCUUUCAUGAUAUCGUAGAUCUAGAGGGAUUUCGGAAGAAAUUAAAUACCUUUUAAAGAUUCUCUAGAAUGUACACUAACCUCACUAUCCAUUGACUUAUAAAUGGACGUAGCCAACGGUUUUAUAUCGCCUUAAAACUUCUGUUGAACUUUAAUGGGAGGCUUUUCAGAAAUAUAAUCAGUAUUUGAAAUGAACGCUUUAGGUGAAUCAUGGUUUCGAACAAUCCCUUGUAAAUAUGUUUCUUCUUUCUAUCUUUAAAGUCUACUCAAAGCUCCAAUUGCUGGCUGAAAUUAACUGUAGCUACAAACAAAACAAUAACCAAAUCAUAAAUAUAAAAAAUAUUAACAAUGAUCAGCUUGAUUAAGCCUGCCAAGAGCUACAGCUUUAGUGUUAUUUGGAAUUGAUCCAAUUCUGUUUAGUACUACAAAUUUUUGUCUUUCAUUGUUUGCCCGACGGCGAACAGAUCAUUGGAAUUUAGAACAAACGCAUUUAAAGUUGCAUAGCGAAUUUCAUGGCACUCCCCUUUCUCAUCUCAACGAAAGACCAAAAGCUGUUGAGCCACAAGCAAGCAAGAAUAUGAGACGAAGACGCAGAAGACUUCGCAAGCCAUUGCCAUGACAACUUGGCCCUUCAGUCUUAGUGCUCUUUCGCCAACUGUAUACUUAUCAGCUUUCAUUUUGCUUAACAAUAGUUUUGUUGUAGUCCGAGACCGGUUCCUAAGUCUCAGAAAGAAUAUUUGAACUGUGUGAUGAGUCAAGGAAAAACGUGUAGGAAAAAAGCAAUGAAGGUGAGUAGUUGAACGAAGCCCAUGUAAGUGAAGAUAUUGCAUUGAAGCUGGCCAGCCAACAAAUAGAUCGCUUUGUUCAAGUUCCAGCUUACGGGAGAGUGCAACAGUAGACUCCCCUGUAUAUAUGAAGUACAUACUACUACGGCCAGAGCAAUGGCCAAAGAAUCAGUUAACAACGGACCUUUUUCUCGAAGUGCUACACGCUUCGUUGGUUCGCAUUUGUCGCGCUGCGGCAUGCAACCAGUGAUGGUGGCGGUGGUGUUGGCAAUGUUGCUUGCGUUAGCUGCCAUUCAACAGGCUGUUGCAUGCGCUUGUUGUUGUAGUGCAUAUUUUUUGCUCUAUGCUUUUGCCACCACAAUAAUUAUAAGAGUUAUGUAUGUAGUUGUUUGGUGCAGUGAAAAACCACAACUGCAACAACGUCAUCAUUGUCAGCGUCAUGACAUAGGAAUGUGAACGUGCGCGCAUGCGCUGUUAAAAACCCGUCGCGGUUGCCUGUUUGGCUUGGUGAUGGCAUGAAAGUGUGACGGUUGCGUGGCAGCGGGGAAAUGGUUGGUUGGAUAGUUGGUUUGGCAGCAAGUUAUGUCGUUUGUGUAUCACACUAUGUUGGCUUCUUGCUGCGGUGACGCAUUUUUAUGCUUUUAUCCACUUUUCAGUUAUUUUUCAAAGCUUGGUUUUGAUGCUGUUGAAUUGCGUUAGCAAAAAAAUAAAUAAAAUUUCAAUAAGUUUCUUAAUUUUAUCUACUGUAUGAAAAUAAUACCUCAACUCACUUAACUUUUCUCCAUUGAACUUGUGAAACGGGGUAAAAAAAUAUAUCUUAAUGUCAAUUGAAGCUCAAUUUAUAUAUUUUUAGGUUCAAGCAGAUUAUUAUAACAAAUAUAGUGCUAAAAACUUACCAUAUGUGGAUCAUUGUUUGAUAGUGAACUUGUGGAACACUUACAAUAUUCGAUUGAUACGAGCUCGUAUAACAAAUUCUAACAAACACUAAUUGUUCAACCUUCCAAAAACUGACAACUUUAACCCACCACUGAACAUUUACGUGUAAAUGAACUUGUGGAACAGCAAAGCUGUUAGAUGGAAUAAUGAAAAAGAUUUGAAGUUUAAAUGCACCUUAAUUGAGAGAGCUUCGCCAAAACAACCACAAAUUUCUAUCAUUAACUCCUCAUUAAAUUGUUAGUUUUCGUGGCGAGCUGUAUGAAUGGGAAAUUAAUGAUGAGUAAUGAUUUUGUGCCACGAAAUUAUGUUGCCUUAAGCACAAAUUGUUAGCAUUUUCUAUUGUCAAAGCUGCGCAGCGUAAGGUUUUUCGUUGCUCUUGACUUGGCACUAAAACGUAGAAGUAUGCAGCUUCUAUUACUAUUGUUUAUGGGAAAAGAAUUACGUAAAUUACUUAAUUAUACAUAAAUAGUAGACAAAGUUUAAUAAAUAAGAACCUCAUAAAUAACGAUAUACAGUUACUUGAGGCAUUUUUUAAACUUUGUUUAGUAGUAAAAAUAGUAUAAACAUAAAAAAAUGUCUUUCAUCAUGCUUCUAUACUUCGACUUUAGUACUAGGGUAUACUUUCCCACAGUUUUGUUUAGUUGCUCGCAUUUUUUGUGUAGUAUUAAUAUUAUACUUGAAAUUUGUGUCGCUUUUUAAUCACACAUUAAGCCGCUUUCAUUUCAUGGUAGGCUGAGCUGAGAAGAGUCUUAAAAGUAUGGUUGAUAAAUGUGUUCCAUACUCUUUCUUGCAUUUCUUAUUUUGCGUUUUACUAUGUGCAUGCAUUUUUUUUUCAUUAGUCCAUCACAUGUAAACAGCUUUCGUUCCAUUAAAUGAUGAUUAGCUUUGCAAUUUGUUGUUUUCGCAAUGUUAUUACUAUACAUAAGCUAGAAUUUUAUUUCUGACUACUUUUCUUAGUGCUAUAGUUCAACUAGUCGACACUUAUCUGACAAUAUCCUACUCUUUUCUUAAUUAUAUAUUCUUUUUUAAAAAUUUCUGAAUAAAUUAGUCAUCUCAGUAAGUUAAAGUUUUCUUACUAUUUAGAAUGCUCUAAAAUUUAUCAAAUUUUUCAUAGUAUAACAGCUGUUUCAGCCGCUUUAAUUAUUUUAAACCAGUGAUAUAAGUGCUCAUAUUGAUAAACUUUAAGUCAUGCGCUGUUUCACAAGUUCACCUAUAUGAAUUUCAUAAUCUAAAGCGUUUCACAAGUUCAAUUACUUAAGUAUGUGUAAUUACCUAAGGUGUUACUCAAGUUUAGUAAAAUUCCUUAUAACUUUUAAAGCAGAUCUGACUUAUAUUGUCUUAGUUGAUUAGGUCAAAAGCAGGUAUUAGAUUGUGCUUUUUCUAGACUGAAUGCAUAGUUUCAACUAUAAAAGAUUAUUAUUUAACAUAUUUUUCAAAACUUAGCUUAUGAUUCAUCAAAAAUAUAUGGACCUUUUGAUAUAAUUUUAAUUAGAUACAAAAAAAUUUUGUCUUCAAAGACACCGACUACUUGCAAGAAGUUGUGGCAAGGACAACUAUUUAUAGCUAAACUAUAUCUACCCACUUUCUGUUAAUUAAAAUUGCUGAAUUCUAUUAAUUAUUGGCAAAAAUUAAUUAUAUACAAUUUAUAAUGCCGAAACAUUAUCAAAAUGCGCAGCUGAGGUUAGGUGUGAUUGUAUAUUUAUAUAUGUAUAUGUAUAAUUUUUCAACCCAUUUUAAUGCAGCAGUUUAAAAAAUUAAAUAAGUUGUUACGAAUUCACCAAUGCAUUGUUGUUCACAUAUGUAAGUAUGUAGGUAUUUCUAGUAUUUCUAUUAACUCCCCACUAAGUCAAGGCUAAUAAAAUACUUAUAGUUAAUUGAGCCGUAAAGCCUAAUUAAUCAACUUAUUGAAAUUAAAAAAUAUAUACCAUAUAUUUAUUUAUGUAUAUAUAUUUAUGUGUAUAAUAGUUUAAAUCAACAAUGUACAGAUAUAAUUAAUAGAUACAAUAAAUUAAUACCAAUUACAUAAAUUAAAAUACAGGAGUUCUUAUUAACCAUAAUCCGCUAAUAAUCCCAAUUUGCAUUAUUGCAUGUCAAUAAAUUUACAUAUUUCUACAUAAGCAUGCACAUACUCAUACAAAUAAAUAUAUCAAAAGUCCACCCAAGCAUAUCAUAACAUUUUUACACAUUCACAUAUACAAUCAAAUAUACAUGUAUGUAUACAACUACAAUUUUCCCACACUUGACAGUCACGUAAAACGAGUUCCAGUGCACAUCUUCGUUGACUUCUCACCGCCUUACAUGGCAUUGUUGUCUACACUUGAGUGACUUUUUCACAGGUACGAGCAAAAAAUUAUGCGGCAAAAAAGUAUAAAAAAUCGCAAUACAAAAAUAAAACAAAAAGAAAAAAACUUGUACAAAGCAUUCAUAAUUCCUCAACUAAAAAAAAUUUACUAUCAUGACGCAUGCACACAGGUGCUCCUUUAUGUUUUUUCUUCGAUAAUAGCAAAAUUGUGCAUAAUUGCGUAAGUAAUUAGCAAAUGUGAAACAAAAGCAUUUAAAUUUGUUGCAAUUUAUAUGGGAGAAUAAUGCAAAUAGUGGCUAAUCGUACUGCAUGCGCUAAAGGACGGUUUAUGUACAAGUAUAUGUAUUCGUAUUAUAUGUUUCCACUUGUUUUAAGCCAAACUAAAUUCCAGGGUGCACUCGAGCAAAAUAUUUUAUAAUUGUGAGAAUAUAUACAUAAAUUCACAUAAUUAUUAACAAUCCUUAGGGCUGGGAAACCAACCAAGUUUCCAGAUUUUUCUCGAAAAAUACAUAAAAUAAAGUUCUCUGUAUUUAUAUGUAACCCUUAUAUAAUUUUAUCAAUUAUAUACAGUUAAAUAGAUUUUUAUAUUAUAUAAACACUUUUGGCAUCGAACAUCCACCGUAUAGAGAUUUUAUUACAUUUCACGAAUGCGUCAAGAAUGGACAGCAAAUUAAAAACCUCUUAAUGAGGAAAAGAUGCAAGAGUGUAAAAAGUUGUUACUUUAAAUAUAUGUUAUACUUUUAUACUGGUCUAGUUUCAAAAUAUAUAUUUUUGUUUAGGGUUUCCAAACAAUUGAAGUUUUAAAAUUUGAAUGUUGUUUCGAAAGAAAUAAACCCAUAAUCAAAGUGUUUCACAAGUUCACUAAUAGAAAAAAUUUAUCCAACUGAAGUUUCACAAGCUCAAAUACACGAAUUCUUUCUUUUUGCUAGUUUUUUUUGUUUUAACUUAGUUUAAUUUUUAUGACAAAUAUUUGAAAAGUUUUGGAAUUUUUAUUUGUCUUGAAGGCACCCACUGCUUGUAAAAAUGAUAUUUACCUACUUUCUGUUAAUUAAAAUUGCUAAUUAUUGCCAUAUUAUAGUAUGAAUGUAUGAAGUAUGAAAAUAGUACUUGACUAAUUAUUUUGUAUUUUUCAGAGGGUGGCAAUUCUGGUUAAAGGUUUUUUACAAUUUUAUAAUAGCUUUUUAUUUCCUAUCAAUUACGUUUUUUUACAUAUUUAAAUAAAUUUUAUUUCUUAACAAGUGACUUUCAAAAAUAUCCAAACUGUACUGCAAUGCUCUCCUGGUUUCCCGAAAUAUAUACAAAAUAUAUUUGUACAAAAUUUAUAUAAAAAAAAAAAAUUAUAUGCAAAAAAAUAUAACAAAUAAAAAAAAAAUAAAAUAAAAAAAAAAAUUAUUGUAAAAUAAAAUAAAACAAAAUAACAUAACGUGGCAUAACAUAACAUAACAAAAACAAAAAAAAAAGGUUUAAUAAAAUCCAAAAAAAUAAAGGGUAAUUACAAAUUUAGAAAAUAUUUCCGUGAGGAACAACUCCAAUCAAACGGUGUUAGUGGUGAAAGAAAAAUGGUGGUGUGAAAUGCAAAACAAUGUAGCGAAAAAGCAAUGCAGCAUAAUAACAAAAAAUAGCAAACACAGAUUACCAUCCAAAUGCAUUGAAAACGUACAAAGAAGAAACAUCAAAAUAUAUAAUUAAAAGUGGCAAAAAGUUUAUUGUGCCGAUCUGCAAGCAACCAGCCAACAAAUGCCACACAUUUUUGCAUUGAAAAAUCAUUAAAAGAAAAGCAAAAAAUGCGCAUGUGAGCAUCACAACACAGAAAUCAACAGGCAAUCAACAAGAAAGCCAUACUUCAGCGUUGAAAAACAAAAGCGGAAAAGCAGUUAUUUAUACAGUAGUUGUUUAUAGGCAUUCACACCAAUAUAUAUAUUUAUGUAUAAACCAAUUUGCAAUAUGGAAAUUUCCCCCAUAUCUGUGGAGAUGCAUCAAUGGGGCGUAACGUGAAAGUGGGUGAGAAAAAUUUAGCGUGCUAAUGCUGAAAUAAUGAAAAGCAAAACAAAAAGCUUUGGAAACGGUAGCAACAGCUGGUUGAGCGAUUCACUUUUUCCGCUUGCGUUUGCGUGUGUUUUUGUGAAAAUGGAAUGCGCGAUGAAUCGAAAUGAUAGGUGCCCUAUCAAGCCAGAUGCUGCAAAAUCAUAUAAUAAAAUAUAUGUAUAUUUGUGGCUGAAAGUGAAUUUUUAUGGAGCAGUUAGUGGUAGUUAAGUUUGAGAGCAUAGCUAUUUGUUGCGAUUUUCUUCAUUAAAACGAUUUUUUUUGUAAGUGAAAUUGUGUUUUUUGUUAAAUUUAGUAAAUGAAAAGUUUUUCUGUAUACUUUUUUGUUUUUGAAUUUUGAAAAAAUCAAACAAAUUAAAGGCAAAAUAAAAUCAUGCACAUGACGUAUGAGUAAUAUUUCUUAACGUGAUGGAGAACAUAAACUACAAUUCAGAGGAAUGCCGUGUACUUUUUUUCUUGGUUCAGAUUUUAUAGUUACCGUUGCUAUAACCUCGAAAACAGCGAGUUAUUAAAUUUUCCGCGUGAGCGUGUGGCUUUUAAUAUACGAGAUCCCUGAAUAAAAGAUCUACCUAUCGCGGUCCAUACAUAUUAUUUAUUUAUUUACUUUAGACACCAGAUUGACUCUUAAUAUUGAAUUCCAGCACCUGAAAAAAGAUAGUAUACCCCAAAAAAGUUUGCGAAAUGGCGCUCUAUAGUUGAGUGGAUUCCAUAUAUGUCGAAAAGUGGCGCCCUAAUUAGUAAUUGGUUCUGACAUAUACGAUUUUUAACUGAGAACAUAUUUUUGGCAUCGUCAGUCGAGGCCUUGUUAUGGGAACAGAUGUCUAUUUUGCAUUCUGUUAAAGAGAUCAUUUUGUACCUAACCAUCGUACAGGCUUUCGAGGUCUCUCUGUUGUUGCAAAGAACACUGAAAUUAGUUCUCAUUAUUUUGAGUAAAAAAAUACCAGAAAUAACGGCACUUUUGUGUGUGUGCUACGUAUGUGAAUGGCUUAAGGUCUAUAUUCGUAUACCAGCUCUCAGUUAUUUUUGAAUAUUUUUGCCAGUUAAAUAUUUUCCAUUUCUCUUUUAGUAUUUUUAUUAUUUUUGCCAUAAACAAACAAUUUAAAAAUUACCACAUUUUUGCAAAAAGUCUUCACACACUCUCUACAAACCUUACAUAUAUGUUUUUCAAAAAUUUCCUAACGACCCUUUAAUUAGGCUUUCAACUGCCCAUUUCCGCAAAUCGCUACCUAUAAUAAUUAUGAACUGAAAAUAUUGCAAAUACAAACAUAUCGGCCGUAUUUAUUUUUACAACCAAUAAUUCAACAAAAACAAAUCACUACCCAGUCAACCAGCCAACCGGCAAUAGGUGGAGGUGCGGCUCCGAACAUGUUGCCUGGCAUAGCGAACCGCAGCACGCAACAAGCACAGCAAGUUAGCUUUCGAAGCUUCAAGCUUUUUAACUGCUUUCAAUAUAUUUUGCUAUAUUGUUAUUGUUGCUUUUGUUUUGUGCAUUGCAUGUCAGCAUUGUUGGCUUAAACCCGCCUCGCAACGUUCAGCUCAAACGUUCGAAUGCGUUUGCAAAUUUUAGUGUCGAGUUUGCGGCAAAGCGAAAUGGUUGCGUGUGAAUUGCGGGUUUAACGUGUGCGGUAGUCGAAGUCGUGUGCGUUUCGGUAAAGAAAAUAAGAAAAACAAAAAUAAUAAUAAUUAAGCGAUUUUUAGAAUACUCAAGCGGGUAGAUUAACGUGAUCAAUAUUGUUUAUUUUGUGAUUUGCAAUAUUUUAGCGCGACGGCGAAAAAGUGCGAGAAUUGCCGGCAAGCUAACAAAAAAUUGUGAAUUUAACAAAGCAAGGCAAAUUAUUUUAUAUAAUACUUGACGCUAAAGUGCUGUGUGCGUGAAAUAUUCAGCAAAUACAACAUAAAGUUAUUAGUGACGCCAGAUUUUGCCGAAAUUGUCGAAAGUGAAAACGAAACAUUAAAAGCAAUAAUAAGAACUGUUAUACAACAAAAAAAAUAGAACAAUAGCAAAAACAAAAUUAAUAAAAUCCAGCAACUCCUGCAGUUACAAUUAUAUGCGAUUAAAUCUUCAACGCCCGUUAACAGCCAUAACUACCAUCUACAACAACAAUAAUAACAACAAUAACUAACUACUAACAAGCGCCAUCGUUGCACUACUCACACAAUUUGCAUCUCUCCUCAACCGCAGCUGUCAGUCAUAUUUUUGUGGCUUAAUUUGUGCAACGUUGUUACCGGCGACACAAAUUAAAAGUUGAACGUUACCACAUCGCUGGUGAAAAAAGUGUGUGCCACAAGUUGCGGCACUAAUUUAUGUUGAGCGCUUAGCAGCAAAGCGUUUUAAAACUAUUACUUAUUUACUUUGAUUUUUUAUUUGUCGCCGUGUGCUACGCAAUAACAAAACAAACGCUUAAAUGGAUAAUGAUUAUUUUCGUUUUGUACCGUACGACCACAGUCACUUGCAGAACACCGGUCGUCGGCAGCUGGGUUCAAAUGCUUUAGCCAGUCAACUUUACAGAUCCUCAAGUUUUAAUUCGUCUGGGCGCAGCUCCAAUUGUGAUACCACAGAAGACAUGUAUAGCGACAUCAGUUUGGAUAACGUGCAAGAUUUGAACUAUAAGUUGGAACUGCUGCAACGUCAAGUCACCGAUUUGGCUGACACACAGAAUAUCGCUGAGGAUCGCACGACGCGCACAAAGACCGAAUAUGCUGUGCUGCAGACACGCUAUCAUAUGCUCGAGGAGCAAUAUCGGGAGUCCGAGUUGCGCGCCGAAGAGCGUCUGGCCGAAGAACAAAAACGCUAUCGUGAAUUGCUGGCACGUGUCGAGCGCGAAGCGGCGCUACAAAAUGAAAAUUGCCAAAUCAAGAUAAAAACUAUUGAAUUGGAAGCGAACACAUUACGCGAAGAUGCACAACGCCUGCGUGUGCUCUGCGAUAAACAGGCUAAUGAUUUGCAUCGCACCGAGGAGAAAUAUGAAUUGGCGCGCGAUCAAAUAGUGGCACUGCAACAGGAUCUCGAUGAGGCGGUGCAGCGCGAACGCAAAUACGAAGACGAUAAGAAGGCGGCCGAAGAACUAAUGUUGGAGUUGAGUAAAGAAUUGGAACGUUUGCGCGCCGAAACGGGGCCAGCGCUGCCAACCACCUCGCCGGAGACAAUAAGACUGGAAGAGCUGCAUCAGGAACUGGAGGAGAUGCGGCAAAAGAACAAAGCUUUGGAGGAGCAAAAUGAAGAGCUGCAGGCGCAAGUGCUCACGCGCGGCGUAGAAGAGGGCCGCAAUCUGCUGAACGGCACACUGAAUAGCUUAGCGCAAGAGCUGGAGGAAAUGUCACAAGCACAGGAUUCUGUGGAUUCAGCCACAUUAGCAUCUCUAAGUCAGUUGCAACAAGCCUUUCAAGAGAAGGAAGAUGAGAAUACCCGCCUGAAGCAUUAUAUCGAUACGAUACUAUUGAACAUCGUAGAGAAUUAUCCGCAACUAUUGGAAGUCAAGCCGAUUGCGAAAUAAAGUGCAUUUAAAGAGGCAGCACAGCGAAAGAAGAAACACUCUGAAACUGGAAGACUUGAGAAAAAGAGAAAACUAAUUAAUAAGAGUGACAAGUUUUGAAGCAAGAGCACAGUAAUAUGUGUGUAAUUAAUCAUGCGUGUAAUUAAUUUUUAUUAAAAAAUAAAAUCAAAUCAAUACCGACAA